CACGGUGGAGGUGGAGGGGCCUUAAUGCACGGCGCUGGAUGGUGCUGCGCUAGGCCCGCUGGGCAGGGCAGGGCGGGCAGGGGCAGUAGUGAGCGUCGGCCGCUCAGAGAGGCGAGUGCUCAGGCGAGAGCGGGGUCCUGGCUGUGCGCCGUGGUAGCGCCGCCCAGCGCACGCAGCCGCAGCGCGACGGAACGGUGCGAGGGAGGGCGGGCGUAGCGGGGCGCCCCGCGAGUGUUGUUGUGACUACAGCCAGCGCAGAGUGCGACCGUGGGCCUCCGCCGACACGGCCAAAAUGAGGCGGAACGUGAAGCUGCUGCUGCUCGUGUCCACGGCCUGGAUGUUUGCCAUCUUCUACUACCUGCAAACGUCCAAAUUCACGAAGCCGGAGGAGAACCGGGCGCUGCGCCUCAAGGAGCCGCUGGCCGCGCUGUACACGGGCGACGAGGGUGUCCUCGGCGGCGGCCCUGGCGGCCCCGGCGGCCGGCCCGACCCCUCGCCGCGACAGCAGGAGCCGCCCCAGCACCCCGCCGCCCCCGGGCCGCCGGGGCCCGUCACGCCCUCCUCGGAGGGGGCGGCGCUGGGGGCGGCCGGCGCUUUGGGGGGCGGGGGCGGCGCGGCCGGCGGUGGCGGCGGCAACGGCGGCAUGACGGGCGAGGGGGGCCCGCUGGCCGCGCCCGCUGACGCCCGCCUCUCGUGGAACUACUUCGACGAGCGCGAGUACGUGUCGAGGGGUGGGCUGCGUACCGGCGAGGACCCCUACCUCCGGAACAGGUUCAACCAGAGGGCCUCGGACGGGCUGGCGUCCAACAGGCCCAUCCCGGACACCAGGGGAGCAAUGUGCCACAAGAAGAAGUACGCCACCAAGGACCUGCCGCCCACCUCCGUCAUCAUCACCUUCCACAACGAGGCGCGCUCCACCCUGCUCCGCACCGUCGUCAGUGUGCUGAACCGCAGCCCGGAGCACCUCAUCAAGGAGAUCAUCCUGGUGGACGACUUCAGCGACAACCCCUCCGACGGCGAGGAGCUGGCCAAGAUCCAGAAGGUCAGGGUCAUCAGGAACGAGAAGCGGGAAGGUCUCAUGAGGUCGAGAGUCCACGGUGCGGACGCCGCCACGGCCGACGUGCUCACCUUCCUGGACAGCCACUGCGAGUGCAACGUGGACUGGCUCGAGCCGCUGCUGGAGCGGGUCAAGGAGGUGAGUUGUGAUGCCGAAGCUCCAGGCGUCAGGCAGCUCCUUCGGCAGCUCGGGCGGCGCGCGCCCAGAGCGACAUCGAGUGUGCUCAUCAAUCAGAUCGUCGUAUAA